AUGCAGUCGUUCUUGGGGAGUCAGAAUUCUUACGGCCGGUUCAUUGAGGACUACGCCAUGUAUACCUCAGUUGUAUAUGAGCUACGCGAGGUAGAGUUCGCGGAACUGAAGAGGAAGGUCAUAGACCAGAAUGACCCUACCGCGUCUGAUAGCGACCCACCGGGACCCCAGUCUGUGAUACCGUUCGAUGAGAGAUGGAUCAGGGCUCAUAAGGCGUUCGCAACUCUGAAGACUAAGAUCGCGACAACGCCGAUCCUCCGCCACUUCGACGAGACGAAAUCGCCGGUGGUAAUUGUAUAUGCCAGUGACUUGGGAAUUUCUGCCUCACUCAUGCAAGAACACGAUGGAAUCCACCAUCCUAUUGCAUUCGCCAGAUGUACGCUAAAGACAAACGAGUUGAAUUACAACGUGACAGAAAAGGAAGUGUUGGCGCUGCUGAGGAUCGUGGGCCUCUUCUACAACUUGUGGGUGGGACGGGAGAUCCGGGUCCUGAUGAGACAUUCCACGCUCACUUGGCUGUUCAAGUCGGCAGGACUACAAGGUCGUCUAGGGCAAUGGUCCGCCCUUCUGGCCUGA